AUGGCACAAAUUUUUUUUUAUUCAGACUUCAGAGUCAAUUCCCUUGUUUGCUUCUUUCACUGGAAAUUUCUUGCUGGUUCAAUGGCGCCCUCUGCGUCUCUUCCUUCAUCAGUUGAAUCAUCAUCAUUAUCCGCUCGUCCGCAAAAUGGCGUCGAGCUACUGAGGGAGAUAAGAAGAAAAAAUGUGGGAUCUGAAUGAGCCUCCUAAUCAGGGACGCGUGGAGGACGACGGCACCGCCUCGGCCGACGGCAACGGAGAAAGUGGCUUCAUGAUAUUCGGGUCCUGGUUCACGGACAGUGCUGAUUCGCAACCCGUGACCCGACAGUUCUUCCCGGUAGAUGUAUCCUCCGAAAUGGAACUCACGCCUGAAGGUGGUCUUGCCGCGGGGCCGGUUGCUUCUUCCUCUUCUUCAUCAUCACCUGUUCAGUGGAAGUAUGAUUCACCUGUUCAGUGGAAGUAUGAUGUGUUCUUGAGUUUCAGGGGUCCAGACACUCGAAGGAGUAUCACCUCUUAUCUAUACUAUCGACUGCAGAGGAGGGGAAUUAAAACAUUCAUGGAUGAUCCAGAUCUUCAAGUAGGGGAUGUGAUUUCUCCCGCUCUCCUAAAGGCAAUUGAAGGAUCAAGGUUUGCAAUUGUUGUUCUGUCGGAAAACUAUGCUCAUUCUACUUGGUGUUUGGAGGAACUUACAAAGAUCUGUCAGUGCAUGGAAGGAAGCAACAGAGUUUUUCCACUUUUUUAUAAUGUGGAACCAUCUGAUGUACGGUACCGAACGAAGAGUUUCGGAGAAGCUUUCAAUAAGCAUGCAAGCUAUGGGCGACACACAUUACAGAUUGUGCGGCGGUGGAAUGAUGCUUUAAACAAAGUGUCCAGUUUCUCUGGGUGGCAUACAAAGAAUUAUAAGACUGAUAGAGAACUUGUAGACGCAAUUGUGGAUUUUGUGUGCAAUAAAAUACAACCUACUGACACUGAGUUUACAAUGUCUUCCGGAGAUUUUGAAGCAUAUGAAGCUACAAGAAAAGCCAUAGAUGAGGUUAUGAAGGCGCUAAAAGAUAAAGAUGACGAGGUCACUGCAGAUGAUGUCCACGGCAUGGGAGGCGUCGGCAAGACAACCAUGGUAAAACACGUCGCUGCACAAUCCUGCAAAAAUGGGACUUCUCAUCAUGUGAUUAUGACUGUUGUAUCCCAGAGCUCUGACUUGACAAAAAUUCAAGGCACAUUGGCGGGGCCGAGCGGGUGUUGUACUGCGAAUAGUAGUUGUAGUGCAAGUAUCGGAAUUAAGGGAGCGCGGCGGCUGGGGCUGAAGCCGCCGCCGUCAAUGGUGAGGGUUCCGGUGAUUGACAAUGGAUGCUCGACUUGGGACAUUUUGAGGGACUUCGCGCCAAAAGAAGAGAGGGAAAUGGUGCAGAGAAGGUUUGGUUCCUUUUCCUCGUCUUCUUCUGAUGAAGAAGAAGAACUAGAAGAAGAAGUUGAAGAAGGAGAGGAUGUUGACUUUUCCAGCACUACCACAGAGAUUUCCAGUACCCCAGAGAUUUCCAGUAUUUCUCCAAAUGGAAGGUUUUCGCCGAAUGGGAAGCCUAAGCUAAUUGUCACUAAUUGGGAAAAGGGUGAUUUGCUCGGCAGCGGCUCUUUUGGGUCUGUGUAUGAAGGAAUUUCUGAUGGCGGAUGCUUCAUUGCUGUCAAGGAAGUUUCCUUGCUUGAUCAAGGAAGCCUGGGGAGGCAAAGAGUUUCUCAACUUGAACAGGAGAUUGCUCUUCUGAGUCAGUUUGAACAUGAGAACAUAGUUCAGUAUUAUGGCACACAAAAGGAUGGAUCAAAGCUCUAUAUCUUUCUGGAACUUGUAACCAAAGGCUCCCUUCAAAAGCUAUAUCAAACGUACACUCUUACUGAUUCAAUUGUUUCUGUAUACACUAGACAGAUCUUGCAAGGUCUGAAGUAUCUUCACGACCGAAAAGUGAUUCACAGGGACAUUAAAUGUGCAAAUCUUUUGGUGCAUGCUAAUGGAUCUGUGAAGCUUGCUGACUUUGGAUUGGCAAAGAUUAUCAAAAUGAACGAUAUAAAAUCUUGCCAAGGAACUGCAUACUGGAUGGCCCCUGAGGUUUGCCUUUGCACAUUUGAAUUUAAAAUUUUGUAUUAUCAUAAGCAUAAGAUCAUGGAAUGCCCUCGCAAAAAGAAAGAUCAGCAUUUCAUUAUGGUUGAUAGAGAAGAGGGAGACAAUGAUGUGGAACCUGAGGGCAUGGAGGUGGACUCCGAGAUUAGGGGCCUUCCCUCUGAAAAUUUUCAGAACUUUAGUGAUGCUAGAAGGUCUAAAUUUGUUAGCAAGGAGGAUGACCUAAAUGAAUAUGAUAUCAAGAUGGUAGAUGGAAAGAGGGGUCUAUUCCUUAUGGCUGAUAGUUCAAACAUGAGCAUUGGAUCAAGGAAACGUAUUCGGGAUAUGGCUGAAGACCACAGCAUGGCAGAUGCUGAGGAAGCGGAGGGUGGCGCCUCUUCUCCCAAACUCCAGAAACCAUGA